AUGUCAACCACUCCAAUUAACGCUGAGCAAUCGGAAUUCAAUGAGCUCGUCUUCUCCUAUGCUCUUCAUCAAAAACUCAUGCAAUUGCAAUUUCUAGAAGAUUCUGAAGCUUCUGAACCCCCAAAAUCCAAAAGAUUGAGAAAAUUGGAGCCUACAGACUUGAAAAACCUAUCUGAAGUCGAAUUUUCUGGAUUACUGUACUGGCUAGAACUGCAAAAAGGCUACAAAGAACUGGCGGAAUCCGAAAAAUCGAUAAUUAUAAAGAAUUAUUCGGUCAAAAAAUUGAGUUUGGACCAUUUUUAUAGUGCAUCGAAGUUUCCGGAAAAAUGUAAAAAUCGGGAAUUUGUGAUGAAUAAUUUCACUUUUGUGCCUGAAAAUAGGACUGGAUUCGAGCUGAUUGAUGAUGAUGAGCAACAGAUUUGGGGCAAGAGAAAAUGCUUCUCCAGAACAUUUGACAGAUUCUGGUCAAAAAUCAUCAAUCCGUUCGUCGAUAUCAAAAUCACCGAUGCCGAAAUCGUGUUCAUGCAUUUGAUGUUGCUGUGGAGCGAUUCUGCCAACUCUACAGUAUCCCAAACUACACAAAUCUUCAUGGAGGAACGUCGAAAAUGGGCUCAAACCCAUCUCUCCAUCUGGUACCAAUCCCACGGAGUUCAAAAUUUCGAGGAGAGAUUCCAGAAAAUUCUAGAAUUCGUUGAAGAGAUUGAAGUGAUUUCUGGAAUGCAUUGUGAGGAUUUUCAGCUUGCUGAAAUGUACAAAAUCGGGGAUUUGAAGGAGUUUUUCUAUGAAAAAUUGUGCUAUGCACCGAAAAAUGUGGAAGAAGAUUUUUAUGAACAAUUCAAAGAGUUUGAGGAGCAAAAAGAAUCCACGUCUUCUAAAACUUCUGAAGGCCUCAACGUCUUCGGAGACAUCGAUCCGACUCGUUUGGUUCUGAAUUCAACAAAUCUGGGAAACGUCUUCGCCCCACUUCCAGAUGAUGUACCCUACUUUUUUGAUGGAUGCAUUAUGUGA